AUGGGAACACAGAAUAUUACAAAAAUUUCAGAAUUUCUUCUUCUGGGACUUUCAGAGGAAGCAGAACUGCAGCCCCUCAUGUUUGGACUUUUCCUGUCCAUGUACAUAAUUACUCAAGUUGCAAACCUGCUCAUCAUUGUGGUGACAGUGUCAGACACCCACAUGCACACACCCAUGUACUUUUUUAUUUGUAACCUGGCCUUUGUAGACAUGUGUUUCGUCUCUACCACUGUGCCAAAAAUGCUGGUGAACAUCCGGACACUCAGCAAGGCCAUAUCCUAUGAAGGCUGUAUCACUCAGAUUUAUUUUUUUAUAUUAUUUGCACUGCUGGACAACUUCAUCCUGGCUGUGAUGUCUUAUGACCGUUUUGUGGCCAUCUGUCACCCACUGCACUACAGAUUCAUUAUGAAGCCCAAGCUCUGUGUAUUGUUUGUGCUUGUUUCCUGGAUCAUCAGUGCCCUGAAUUCAUUGUUACAAAGCUUCAUGGUGUUAAGGCUAUCCUUUUGCACACAUGUGGAGAUCCCACAUUUUUUCUGUGAACUUGAUCAAUUAAUUCAUCUUGCCUGUUCUGACACUUUUCUUAAUAAUGUGAUAGUAUAUAUUACAGCUAUGUUUUUGGUUAUUGGGCCACUCACUGGCAUACUUUACUCUUACUCUAAGAUAGUUUCUUGUAUACAUGCAAUAGCAUCUACUCAGGGGAGGUACAAAGCCUUUUCCAAUUGUGCAUCUCACCUCACAGUUGUCUUCUUAUUUUAUUGUACAACACUAGGUGUGUACCUUAGUUCUGCUGUUGCCCAAAACUCACAUUCAAGUGCAACAGCCUCAGUGAUGUACACUGUAGUUACACCAAUGCUGAACCCAUUCAUCUACAGUCUGAGAAAUAAAGACAUAAAGAGGGCUCUGAAAAGACUCUUUAACAGAAAACUACAGUUUUCCAUUGUCUUGGGACAAAAAAUGUUCUGCUGA